CUCGGUUGUUGCGCAGCAUGUAAUGAGAUGCACACGAUCGACGUACCGUUCGUUGCUCGGGUUGUGAGAAUGACAACGACCCAGUUUGCACUUUCGCUAACGAUCCUUUGGUCUCGCAAUCUCGGCUGCUUCGUGGACGACGAAGCUGUGACGAAGGCCACAACGUCCACAAUGCAAGCAUGUGUCUUUGGCAAUGUUUGUGUGCAUUUGUCUCGCACACGUCGACUGCCCGGCUUCUAUCGCAACGCUGUCCAAACUCGUCGCCCGCGCUGCGCUGGCCGUUCCGAGGCGUGAGCUCCAUGGAUGAACUGGUCUGCGCAGUCGCAUUCGCAUGUUCGCACAAUGGUGCGAGCGGCAACCGGUAACGCAAGGAGGUGGGAAGACGUUCUCACAGAGCACUCACAGAGUGAGUACUGUGAGUACUAUGUUUUGUGUACAGUACUUGGCGCCGAGCGCGUCACCGUUGUUUGGAUCCAUCUGCUCGUCUCGAACGGGCCUUUCCAGGGUCUCCUUUACAUAUUAUUCGACAUUUCAUUCUAUUUAAAUGCCUUAUCCUCGUGGUGGGACUAUCGCAAGUGCGCAAUAAUAAUAUUCUGAUUUUCACGCGUUGCCGCGUUUUGACAGACGAGUGUUGCGAUCAACUCGGAGCAUUUCGGCUCGGCCAUGGCAGCGUGCAAUGACACGCUAGCGGCCUUCUGGGUCGACCGCCGCGCCUGCCUCCUCUCAGGGAAGCCGGCGACGAAUGCAUCGACGUACUGCGCCGAGCCUGCGUGCGUUCGGCAACUCACGUCGCUGCAGGUCGCGCUACAAAACCAGUGCAGCGGCGUCGCCGACGCAGACAUUCCCAAGGUACUCGGCGCCCGCCUAACGCCGUCGUUUUGCCUGCCUGCGUGCGUCGAUGUCUUCAACACGCUUCAGGCCUCCCAGGCGGCCUGCACACGAAGCGGCACAAAGACCGUCUCGCAGUGCAGUGCUUGCACCACGUACAAGCUCACAGUGCCCAAGCUUCUGCAGGGCUGUCAAUUCAACGCUUCGUCGGCAAAUUUGCUGACGGCGAUCGCCGGGGACAGCAGCGAGUGCGAAACCAGUGUCGCCAACGCGUCCGUUGACGGCACUGCCGCCAGCUCUGCGAUUUACUGGGUCCUCGGUGUGCUCGUCACGUGCAUUGUCAUCGGCAUGUGCGUCUAUCGUCACUUGAAGCGCACGAAUGUCGUCAAGAAGGACCUCAACUACUAUCGCAAACAAGGGUCCCAGCCAAAAAAGAAGUUGCCUUCAAACCUCCAAAACCUCUUCCUCGACAACGACGUGCGGCUCGACCCGAACAUGGUCGACUACAUUUUUGAGCAAGACCAGCUCUCGCAGAUCACACUCAAGUCCAAGGGUGGCUUUGGCCUUGUGUUCAGCGCGUACUUGCAGACGUCUGAUGGGCCUAUUCGUGUCGCGCUCAAGCAGCUUUUGCCCGAGAAGACGUCGGACAUUGACCAACUCGAGUGCUUUAUGAGUGAAAUCCGACUCGCAGCGCGGCUCGACCACGCCAACAUUGUGCGCUUCGUUGGCAUCGCGUGGUCGUCGCUCCAGGACCUCUCGAUGAUGACCGAGUUUAUGGCGCGCGGCGACUUGCAUCGCCUCCUUCGACACGAGCUCAAGCAACCCGCCGGCAUGCGAACCCUGGCGUGGACUUCGGAGAAUCGCUGCAAUAAGCUUAGCAUCGCCGCCAACGUCAUCGACGCACUCGUCUAUCUGCACUCGCUCUCGAUCAUCCAUCGAGACCUCAAGGCCAAGAACGUCUUGCUCACCGAGGACUUUACAGCUCAAGUAACCGACUUUGGCGUCUCGCGAGAAAGCGACGAGGACGGAGACGCGAUCAUGACGGCGCGCGUCGGCACGUCGGCGUGGAUCGCGCCCGAGAUCCUCCGCGGCGAACUCUACACGGUGCAGGCCGACCUUUACUCGUUCGGCGUCCUUCUCGCUGAGCUCGACACGCUGCAGACGCCCUACAGCAACCCAGACCUGCAACCCGAAAUCACGGGCCUCUCGUCGUCGCAGCUCGCGAGCAAAGUCGCCCAAGGCAAGAUCCAGCCGGCCUUCACGAACGACGUGCCGCACGCCCUGCACCAAAUCGCGCAGCGAUGUCUCCAGUACAAGUACACGAAGCGCCCAACGGCGUCACAGAUCUCGAUGGAGAUUCAUGCACUGCUACUCAAAGAUAAUGCGCGUCUCUCGGGUCGGUGUCCGGUGUAA